GAUUUUUUAGGUAUCCAAGAAGGAGUGGUAUUCAUUUCAAAUGCUAAAGCAAGAUCUCACUUGAGAGUUUAGUUAAAUAGCUUUAUCUUUGUGCGUUUUUUAGAGAGAUCAAUGUGUAAACCUCGUUCCCAGAUGACUGGGCUCUUCACUUCUAGAAAUUUACCAUUGAGCUGUGGGUGGUAGUUAACCGUAGCAUCAGCCGAAGUCACAGCUCCUUUCCCUUGGCCGGCUUGAGUCAGUACUUAUUUGAAUACUGCUUCGACUGUUCUUAUGCUUAAUAACUGGAUGAUCUUAUCCGAGUUGACCGAAGUUGUAAACCGUUUAACAAAAUUGUUAUGUCCCGUUUUAGUAGACUCUGACUUGUCGGAUUGAGCAAGCACAAAGACCCGAUUAGACCCGAGAUGGCGGAGGCCGCAUUCAAUAACGAUAUUCAAUUAAAAAAAGAACUAGAUUGGUGCAUCACAGCCCUUCGGAAAAAACUUCGAAAAGUUAACAUUUCGAAAAAUGAAGUAAAGAGUGUGAUCAACGCACUUUCGGUCUUGGAGAGCAAAAAAGCGCCUGCAGUCAAAAAGAAGAUAGUAAUGCGAAACGCACUAGGUGACUACCGUAAAAAGAUGGCUGCUGAGGAAGAUGGGCUUACCAAAAAAAUUCUCGAUGGGACACACAUGAUUGCCCAGUUCGAUGCGACUGCUCAGCCAUCGCUUAGUGCGCGAGCCCUUCACAUCCACAAGUCGUCUACGACACCCCCGUCGGAGAUACCAUCAGCUCGGAAUUCUUCUGUCGUAACAUCACCAGCGACUUCAUCGAAGUCUUCAACUCCUUCACCCAUAAAACAGUAUUCCACAUCGUCACCCGUGCGUUCCGACGCGUCAUCAACGGAAUCACCGCCGAAAUCCUCCACAGGUCAUCCGUUAAAACCCUCGCUAGAAUCCCCAUCUAAGCCUUUUUCGGAGACAUUGUCUAAGGCUUCUGCAAAAUCACCAUUAAAACCUAAUUUAGGGUCAACGCCUAAAUCACACUCAAAGUUGUCCUCAAAUCCUUUGCUAUUGGCGCUAUCGAAGCUUAACACAGGGCUAGAACCUCAACGCGAAACUUGUUUCCCGAACACGUCCGAUGAGCUGCACGCCGAAAAACCGUUUGCCUUCAAUUUUGAAAUCCCCCCCGAGGACCUUAACACGCCUUGAAGGAAGCCUACCAGUGAGGAAUAAUGGAAGAAUAGAAGAACAUCAGUUUCAGAAAAAAGAUCGAGCAGAAAAUUAUAUAAUUCUACGUGGCAGUGUGCGUUAAGAUCAAUUGAAUUGCCGCUCAUUAUUCAGCAUUAUACGAAUGUACAUGAGUGGCGUGCACAAAAAAAAA